AUGGAAGGUGUUGGAACAGAUAAUUCAGGUGUUCUUGUUCUUGCAGCCACUAAUAUUCCUUGGGCAUUGGAUUCAGCUAUUCGACGACGUUUUGAAAAGCGAAUCUAUAUUCCACUACCCGGUGUGAAUGAACGAGCAGCUAUGUUUAAAACACAUAUGGGUGUUAAUACUUGCCAUACGAUAAAAGACAAUGAAUGGAUGCAGUUGGCACAAAGAUCUGAGCAUUAUUCUGGUGCUGAUAUUGGUGUUGUUUGUCGAGAAGCAUUACUAAGACCUAUUCGACGACUUAGUGCAUCAACUCAUUUCAAACGAGUGCAAAAUCCAGAACAUGAUGGUCCAAGAGAACUUUGGCUUGCUUGUUCACCUGGAGAUUCAGCGGCUCAAUCACUUACAUUAGAAAAAAUAAGCCCUGAUGAAUUGUGUGAACCUCCAGUAACCAUGUCGGAUAUGUUAGCUGCACUUGCUACACAACAAUCAACAGUAAGUGAAAAUGAGUUGGGAAAAUAUCAACAAUUUACUCAACAGUUUGGCCAAGAAGGUUUAUAA